CGUCGUCGCUGCUGCACGCCUGCACCGCCGGUUGCAACACCCUCCCCCCUUCGCUCUCGGCUUCUCACUCGUCGCCGUCUUGCCGCUAGCCUGUCUCACCUCGCGGCCGGCAGCCUUGCGCGACGCGCCGCGCUCUUUCGCAUUCAAAAUUAUUCGCAAUCAUUGCAAAAACUCUCUGUGCAAUAAAAAUAUCUCAUCACUCGCUGCGGUCGCAUUAAUUCUGAAAACAGAGAGAUAUCCUCAUAAUUUUUGAACACAUUACUUCUCUUUCAAAGUUUGAAUGCACUCCUCGUUGCAUGUCCCGCGCGCGUCGUUAUGAGAACCCCGUACUGGCGGUCACGUUGACGUCGCGCGGUGCCGCCAUAUCUGUCUCGGCCACCAACUAGCAAAAUUAAUAGGCUCAAAAAAUUGUUUCACAUCACUAGAAGAAUGCGAUGACCCACGCAUUCGCUUUUUGAAAUUACGCCUUACCCGGAUGGAAUGAGGAGUGCACUAUCCUAUUGUUUCACAGUUUCUUAUGUUUGAACAUCAUUUGUUUUUUUGUUUUUCGGACAAUUAGAGAGUUGUCAUUUUCUUCCAAAAUUACAAAAAAUUGUAAAAUAAGAAUGGCGGAAGGUAAUGGAGAAAUAUCCUUAGAAGAGGCCCCCGGGAAGGACUCUGAUGUUGGCCGGACACCAGAUUACCACAAACUCAUAGAAUAUGGCUUGGAUUCAAAGGUAGCGGCCAAGCUCGACGAUAUUUAUAAGACUGGAAAGCUAGCGCACGCAGAGUUGGACGAGCGUGCGUUAGAUGCCUUAAAAGAAUUUCCAUCCGACGGUGCUUUAAGUGUUCUUGGACAAUUUUUAGAUUCAAAUCUCGAACAUGUAUCUAAUAAAAGUGCUUAUUUAUGUGGAGUCAUGAAGACCUAUAGACAGAAAAGCAGAGCGGGAGUGCAGGGUGCGCCCGCGCUGUCUACCUCUGUCCAGGCAAAGGGACCCGAUGAAGAGAAAAUCAAACAAAUACUAGCGCGGACCGGCUACACGUUAGACGUGACGACGGGUCAGCGUAAAUAUGGGGGUCCACCGCCCGGGUGGGAGGGAGGCACGCCCGGCGCCGGCUGCGAGGUGUUCUGCGGGAAGAUACCCAAGGACAUGUACGAGGACGAACUGAUACCGCUGUUCGAGCGCUGUGGGACCAUCUGGGACCUGAGGCUCAUGAUGGACCCCAUGACGGGCACGAACCGAGGGUACGCGUUCGUUACGUUCACGACGAGGGAGGCGACGCAGCGCGCCGUGCACGAGCUCGAUAAUCACGAAAUAAAACCGGGGAAGACUCUGAGAAUUAAGAUUAGCGUUCCGAAUCUGCGACUUUUCGUCGGCAACAUUCCCAAGUCUAAAGGCAAAGAGGAGAUACUGGAAGAGUUUGGUAAAUUAACAGCCGGACUCGUAGAAGUAAUUAUAUAUAGUUCGCCCGAUGAUAAGAAGAAAAAUAGAGGAUUUUGUUUUUUGGAAUACGAGUCUCACAAAGCCGCGUCGUUAGCUAAACGUAGACUUGGAACUGGUAGAAUAAAGGUAUGGGGCUGUGAUAUUAUAGUGGAUUGGGCCGAUCCUCAAGAAGAGCCCGACGAGCAAACUAUGAGUAAAGUUAAGGUGUUAUACGUCCGAAACCUGACCCAAGAAAUUACAGAAGAGGCGCUGAAAGAAGAAUUUGAACGUUACGGAACCGUCGAACGUGUUAAGAAGAUUAAGGAUUACGCUUUCGUCCAUUUUGAAGACCGGGAUUGUGCUGUUAAGGCGAUGGAAGAACUAGAUGGCAAAGACAUGGGCGGUGCCCGGUUGGAAGUGUCGCUGGCGAAGCCCCCGUCCGAUAAGAAGAAGAAGGAGGAGAUCUUGCGCGCCCGUGAACGUCGGAUGACCCAGAUGAUCUACGGCCGCGGCGGAUUUGAUUGGUGCAGCUGCUCGCCGGUGCACGGCGCGCUGCGCGGCCGCACGCCGCAGCCGCAGCCGCGCCCGCCGCAGGCGCGCGGCGACUACGAUUAUGAUUACGACUAUUACGGGUACGGGGAUUACCGAGGUGGCUACAAUGAGCCAUUUUACCGGUACGAUGAGUUCUAUUUUGAUUACGCGGGGCCACCGCAACCGUCCGCCGUCCGCCAGCCUCCCAACAGAGCGCAACCGGACGAAGAGCUCGCUCUCGGGCCCAACUCGCUUUACUACGAUCUAACUGGAGGCAUUCAGGGGGCUGGGUCAUGUGGGACGGGCGCGCGCUGGGCGCGGCGCGGGGCCGCGGCUGGGGCCCGUGGUGGUGCGCGGCGCGCCGCUCGUGGCCGCCGCACGCCCAGCGCCAUGCGUGGCAACCCGCGCGCCAAGCCAAGUUUACCAGGUAAACGUAAACACGACGGGGGUCAGCAGAACGCUGGGGGGGAGAGCAAGCGGCGGCUGGGCGCGGCGGCGGCGGCGGCGCGCGGCUGGGCGGGGGGCAGCUAG